CUCCGCUCAGGCGGGCAAGAGGGAUCUACCGGCGUUUGGAGUCUGGUGCUGGCUUCCGUGGGAAGGGAUCCCGAGCCUUUCUGAGAACAUGAACGAUUGGAUGCCCAUCGCCAAGGAGUAUGACCCGCUUAAAGCUGGCAGCAUUGACGGCACCGAUGAAGACCCACACGAUCGCGCUAUCUGGAGGGCAAUGUUGGCACGAUACACCCCCAACAAAGGCGUCACGGGAGACCCCCUCCUCACCCUGUUCGUGGCGAGACUAAACCUGCAGACCAAAGAGGAGAAGUUAAAGGAAGUAUUUUCUCGCUACGGGGACAUCCGGCGGCUUCGGCUGGUGAGGGACUUGGUCACGGGCUUUUCGAAAGGCUAUGCCUUCAUCGAAUACAAAGAGGAGCGUUCUCUGAUCAAAGCUUACCGAGAUGCAGACGGCCUGGUUAUUGACCAGCACGAGAUAUUCGUGGACUACGAGCUGGAAAGGACCCUCAAAGGGUGGAUCCCUCGGCGCCUUGGAGGAGGUCUGGGGGGGAAAAAGGAAUCCGGGCAGCUGAGAUUUGGGGGGCGUGAUCGACCUUUUCGGAAACCCAUUAAUUUGCCAGUUGUUAAAAACGACCAGUACAGAGAGGUAAAAAAGGGAAAAGCGGGGGGGGGGGAGCGAUCUCGGUCGAGAGAGAGACACUGGGACUCUCGGACGAGGGACCGAGACCAUGACCGAGGCAGGGAGAAGAGAUGGCAGGAGAGAGAGCCAACCAGGGUGUGGCCAGAAAGUGACUGGGAGAGAGAGAGGGACUUCAGAGAUGACAGAGCCAAGGGGAGGGAGAAGAGGGACCGAAGUAAGUAGAGGCUCACCAGCACCACCAGAGCCCAAACAAAGACACCGCGGAGGCACAGAGAGAUGCAUGGCUUUUAUACAAAGUGUACGUCCAGUGCUUGAAUAAAACUUGCUGGUGGUGA